CUUCCAACCCUAAUCCCCCCAACACCAUCAACGGAUCCACCCACUGGUUGUCCGCCUGCUUCUCCCCGCCCCAAUCCACCUUAGGAAUAGCGCCUGGCUGGAUCCCAGGCCGUUUGCUUGUUUGCGUCCGGAGAUUGGAGCGCCGAUUGGGAUGAAACCGAUCGGCCCUUAAUGGGAUUCUGAGAUAUGGCCUUCUUGCGGAAGGUUGGGAACCUCGUCAGGCAGUCCGCAGGCUCGGGCUCGCCGCUGUUCCAGGCGGUCCGAUGCAUGUCCUCCUCGAAGCUCUUCAUCGGAGGAAUCUCUUAUGGUACUGAUGACCAGAGUCUGAAGGAAGCGUUUGCUAACUACGGUGAAGUCAUUGAAGCUAGGGUGAUUGUGGACCGUACCACUGGACGGUCGAGGGGAUUUGGUUUUGUAACCUACACAUCCACGGAUGAGGCUGCAGCUGCCAUUACUGGCAUGGACGGGAAGGAUCUGCAGGGCCGGAUUGUGCGGGUGAGUUAUGCUCAUGACCGUGGUAGCCGUGCUGGUGGCUAUGGUGGUGGAGGCUACAGUGGACAGGGUACGUAUGGUGGUGGCGGUGGCUAUGGAGGUGGAGGCUAUGGUGGACAGGAUGCAUAUGGUGGUCGUGGUGUUGGAGGCUAUAGUGAGGGUGGCCGUGGGUAUGUUGGUGGUGGAUACGGUGACGGUAACAAUUACGGUGGGUAUAACACAAGUGGUGGAUAUAAUUCUGAAGGUGGGCGUGGUGGCUAUAGUGUUUUUGAAGGUGGACAUGGCUACGGUAGUGGCGGUACUGGUUACACAGGAGGCAGCGGCGGAUAUAAUUCGGCCCCUGGAAAUUACAGCAGUGACAACUUCAAUCAAGGGGGUGCAGCACCUGGUGCAUAUGAAGGUGCAAACUACGGUGGAGGCAACAACUACAUGAACAAUGCAACCAGUGAUGAUUCCACCGGUAAGCUGGACGAGUUGUUAAAUGAUCUUAAAGUUGAUGGUGAUGGCAAAGAGGAUGGUGAGGGCAAAGCGGAUGGCGCUGGCCUGGUUAAUGAGGAUCUGAAAGGAGAUGAUGGUCAGGAUGAAUUGCUUCAGAAUGAUUUCAAAGAUGAAGAUGUGUCUGAUGACUAUGCCAACAAAAGACGUUAAAGUUCGCUCGACCAUGAAGUCCAGUCCGGUAACUUUUCAUGUGUUGCCGAUGGAGGUGCUCUCCACAAUCGCGAAAUCCAAAGUUAAGACAACGUCCUGUAUGCAAAUAAGUUUCGUGUUGUAGCCAUAUAUGCUGGACCAUCGGGACUCUUUCGAUAUGCGGUCAUUCAAAACCUGGAUUAGUAUGGAUUCACUGCACUACAAUCGCAUCCUCUGUGGAUAAUCCAUUGUUGCUCGGCUGCUCUCUUUGGAUACAAUCUACUGAUAGACACUCCCUCCGAAGUCCGACCGUGUUAUUCUUUUUUGGGUUAAUUGGAUCCAUGCCAUUAUAAAUUUUUGAGUUUUGAAGUAUACCAUUACAAUUCAUCUAUUUGCAAUGAUACCAUUGCAAUUUUACAGCUAUUUGUGAUA